GUGAGGGGGAUGGACUGAUUCCGCUUGGCCUGAACCUACAUCGGCAUCAUGAUGGACAUGGUGGUGACUCUGACUCACCACCGCACACUGAACAGGAACAUGUUGCACACAUGAGCUGCUGAGCCUCAGAGGACUGCACACAUGCGGCUUUUGUAUGUCCUAAUGCAGGGAAAGAAGCAAAGUAUUGCAUCUUCUUACCCUCUGAAAACUUGCACUUCCAUACUUGAUGGUCAUCAGAUGUGGGUUGCCAGUCCCUAAGAACACCCUUUUCAACUGUUGGAACAAAAAAACAGAAAUUAAAGGAUGGUUUUACGCAGUAUUUUGAUGAAGACUGUUCCUUCAGACAGUUCAUGUAUCAGCUACGGAUGACCUGUGUUAGCUCAGGAAUUUAAACUAGAAUGACAUUACAGAGGUUGCUUCAGUGGCUCGACUACUUUAUCACCUCCCUUUUAAAAACAGUAUUUAUUUUACAGCUAGGCUUUAUUGUUUAUGAAUAAAUAUCAGAUAAAACACUGCUAUAUAUAUUUUUUUAACAUGCAUGACAAAUCUUUUUGCAUGCACUGUGAACAUGUCUAACUACAAUACCGGUUAUUAGGUCAUCAGUGUUUAAUCACAGGUGAAAUUGUAUGGACUAAUAGGUUUUGUUUGCACCCAGUAACAACCCAGUCCACAGCAGGUAUUACAACAGCCCAUAUAGCUUUAUUAACAAUAAAGCUACACCUAUAAACCAGAGUUUACAAGGGACAUUUUGCAAGAUUCUCCAUUCUCAAGAUGAGUAACAAGUCAGAUUUAGAAGGUGUGGUCUACACGCUGGAGGAGCUGGAAUGCAAGAUCUGCUACAGCCGUUAUGACGCACGUGCCCGCAAGCCCAAGCUGCUUGCCUGCCUGCACCGCGUCUGUGCUAGAUGCCUGAAAAAGAUGGCCGAGAUGGAGUCAUCACCCGGCGUCGUCAGUUGCCCGUUCUGCCGCCAUCAGACACAUUUGCCCGAUGAGGAAAUCUGGCUCCUGCAGGAUGACAGCAACAUCCUGGCCAUCCUGUCCUACCAGGAACAAGUAAGAAAGAGUGGCUCAGUCCCUGCAGGUGAAGUUCUCCUCACCCCAACCAGUCUGAGUGGAGGAGAAAUAGGAGGAAAUGGAAAUGAAGGGGGAAGAGAACAGGCCCAUAGUUCCUCAGACUGCCUGGUCAUUACCAUCAUGGAGGUACCAGGAGAGUCACAAUCGCCGGACUCCACCGGGAUGCUAAACAUGGUGCGCCUGUACAGACCGGCAAGCUUGGACUCUCUGCCGUGCCACGUGCCCGUGCAGAAGUGGCGAGCAUGGACAUCGCACACGGUGCCACGCUUUGUCAUGGGCUUCCUUUGCCUGAUCUACUUCAGCUCGCUUCCUCUGGGCAUCUACUUGCUCAUGAUUCAGAAGCUUACAUUAGGCGUGAUCCUAGUCAGUUUGGUGCCGUCCACUCUCGUCCUGUGCGUCUUUUACGGCUUCUGCCAGUGCCUGUGCCAUGAGAUCAUGGAGGCUAUCACAACAUAGCAGCGUGCAAACGUUAGAGAUUGUGAAUAAAGCCAAAAUGACAAAUUUGUUCUUUUGUUCUGACUGCUCAUCUACCGUUGCACUGGAACAUACCAGCAUUUUAAAGUGAACAUGUUAAACCAUUUUCAUAUAAAGGGCAAUAUAUGUCUAACUUAAGCAGUUCAGACUUCACAACCAUUUCAGGUUGUAAGUAUUAAGCUUAGAUUGCCUCAACUUGCAAUUUUUUUUUUCCUCCGGCAGGGUACGUUCAACAUGACUGUAAUCCUUUUACAUCCCACUAAUAAUAGAAUGAAAGUUUAUCUUAUCUAACAUGGAGACUAUGGGAUUUGUUCUGUUCUAUGAGUAAAAAUGUCCUCUCUACUUUUGACAAUCCAUUUGUUGUGUAACUUGAAAGUAUAGUCUUGUUAUACUUGUCAAAGUUCCUAGUUGCCUUUGUAAGGCAUGUCAG